GUGCGACUCCACUGGACACUGGGCGAGCUGUAGGCUGUAAACAAAAAGGGGUCGAGCAGUGACGGUAAUGGAGGAAAACAUUAAGGCUUUGUUUCACACUCAGUUGUCCUCUAUCAUGGAGAAACUGGUCGUUUCCGCCGUGACAGAGAUCAACCAGCUCGUGUGUGAGUACUGUGCCGUGCUCCGCGUGCAGCUGAGCAGAGAGAAACAGCAGCGCCGUGUUGACGGUAAGAUGUGUAAGCAUGCAGACACAGGCCUGUAAAUAAUAGGCAGCACGUCCCCCCACAACACAGCCCCAGUGACUGCGAGCUCUGCAGACAGGCUGUGUAUCCACCACCGGCCCCUCGGUGAAGUGACCAAGCUCGGACUGAAGUCAGUGUCUUGUUACUUCAGACUACAGACCCAGGCCCCUACUGACCCCUCACCGUUCAAAGCAGCUUUAUUAUUUCCCCAGAGCAGUAAUGAUGCUGGCGUCCUGACCGAGUCUCACUAGGUAAAAAGAGGUUACUAACCUCAGUGGGAUUUUACCGGGUUGAGAUUAAAUAAAUAAGUUAAUUAAUCUAUUUGUCAAUUUAGAGAAUUAACUUGUUCUUGUUACUCAUUAAUUGUUUGUUUCUUUUUUAUGCAAAAAUACUCAGCAUCUUUGGGGUUUGACUACUGGUCAGACAACAAAAGCAAUAUGAAUAUGUGAAUGGGAUCUCAGGAAACAAUGAUGGGCAUUCCCCACUAUUUUGUGACUUUUUAUAGACUAAACCAGGGGUCUCAAAGGGGGGUCCGGGGGUCCUUUAGGGGAUAACUGGGGGUUCCCAGCAAAAAGUGGAAAACAUUUAUUUUCACUGUAACUCCACCCAUAACUAACACAAGGACAGAAUGUGUGACUAUUUUUCUCAUUGGUUUCAAACGCUUUCUAUAAUAAAACAUCUACUAUCAAAAAUCUUAUCAGAUGGGGGGUCUGUCGUCUAAUUUGUGUCAGUUUAGGGUGCUUGUCCUUAAUGUGAAAAAGUAUGAGAACCAAUGGACUAAGCAAUCAGUCCAUUAUUAAAGAAAAAUAAUUGUCAGACAUAUUGAUAAUGAAAAUAAGUCUGGCCAUACAGUAAUUCUAUGAUGGAGUAAUACUACCUUCCUGUGUGUUAAUUACUUGUGACACAGGAAAAAGCAGAAGCAGUUUGAUAAAACACACAACAAACAACCACUAUAUGAACUAGAAGGUCUUAAAACUAGAUUGUGACACAGGCUUCCUCAACAACUCUGAGCCGGAAUAUGGAGGUGCCCGUCAUUUGUGUUUGAGUCAGUUGUGUUGAAAAUCCACGUACUUCAGGUGUGAUUGGUGUUAGGUGUGUGCAUGGUCACAGCUAAAAAAUUUAGCAGAUAAACACCCCCCUCAUAUGUGCCAUACUCUGAUUAUUUGAUGUUACAUAAUUGAGAGUAAUUCUGAUGAUUGGUCUUAAUUCAAGUAUGUAAUAUCAACUCUUUGGGAUGUUCCCUUUGUUAAUUCAUUCUCAAUUACAUUUAGAAAAAGUACAACGUUUCAUCAGAUAAAGAGGUAUCAAAUAGGUACGGCUGUGCCUGAUGAGAAGCCACACUGGGCCAGAAACACACGUUUGUAAAUGUAAUUAAGAAAAGAAAUGUUUAAAGGGACGUUUACAGUGCUGCACGUCUUUGGGAAGCAGAUUUAACCUGACAAUAAUCACAGAGAACUACUGAAGCUAUCGAAACGUAUGGUGACAAACUCUCCUGUCGAUGAAACAUUAGAUGACAGAAGAUUUCUUCCAAUCAGGGAGGUUUGCACUUGAUUGGUUGUUCUUUGGUUGGAUUUUGCUAUGACAGUGUCAUCUCGGUAUUUGCUGUGGACUGCAGAGUUUCAUUUAUUGAGCGUUUGCCAAACUUUAGGAAACAAUGGAGACGGACCACGGCUGCAGUCUGAUCAGAUGCAGAUGCAGAGCAACACACGAUGGAGGAAUGAAGAAGGACUUGUAGAGGAGCAGGAAGAGGAAACCUUAAGGUUGGCAGACUUGGAGUGUGAGCCAGCUAAUAUAAAACAUGAGGAAGUUCCUGAAGAACAAUCAGAGCUGAAAGUUCCUCCUGUACUCUCACCCGCCGAGUGCCCUCAGCAUCCGGAUGCAGCCGACCCUCCAGAGGGACAAUAAUCCAGCAGCAGAGACCCGCAGUCUCCUGGGACCUGAAUCUGCUUAGAAAGGAAUAAUAGGAAGAGAAAAGAAAAAGAGAGAAAGAGAGACCACAACUUUCUCAGAGGGAGAAACUCAUAUUGUGAGAUAACAUUUGACCUUUUGGAGAGAGACAGAGUGAAGCAUGCAGGGACACGAGGUUGGGACCAGGAUGCUCUACCGGCUGACUCUGGCCUCUGGGAUGCUGGAGUGUCUGUGCUUUGCCGGCGCUGUGUUUGGUUAUGCCUCUCUGGUGUUUGUGCUGAAGGAGGAUGGAUACUUCAGUGACCUGUGUGACACUGUCCCAGGUACCAACGGCACGCUGACCACCACAGACUGUAGUCGGCAGGACGAGAAGUUCUCUCUGGUCUUCACCAUCGCCUCGUUCCUCAACAACUUCAUGAAUCUCGCCAAUGGCUACCUGUUUGAUCGGUUUGGCACCAUGGUGACCAGGCUGCUGGGAAUAUGUUUGUACACUACUGGAACACUUCUUGUGGCCUUCUCUAGUGCAGCGUUUUCAGAGCUGCUUUUUCCUGCCUUGUCCUCCAUCGCUGUGGGAGGAAUUCUGCUGCUCCUAACCAACAUGCAGGUGGGCAACCUGUUCGCAGCUCACCGCUCCACCAUCAUCACCCUGUACAACGGUGCCUUUGACUCCUCCGCCGCUGUGUUUCUCGUCAUCAAGGUUCUGUACGAACAGGGAAUCAGUCUCCGCUCCUCCUUCCUUGUUUUGUCCUUCUGCAGCAUCAUUCACCUUGUGAGGACCGUCCUGCUGAUGCCCAGAACCCACAUCCCGUACCCUCUGCCACAACACUACACCUACGGAGUGAAUUGUGGAAAGGCCAACACGUACAGUGUGGAGCAGUUUGACAGGAUUGGGGAAGACAGGAUGACAGAGUUACAGGAGUCCAGUGGGAGGGACAACGCACCAGCAGCAGCUGAGGACGGGACGGAGGCCCAAGACUCUGCAAAAGCGGCGAGUUUCCGGAGCUGUGUGUUGUCCUGGUUCUUCCUGUGGCAUCUGCUGUGGUUGUCCAUAAUGCAGCUGAGACACUACCUCUUCAUCGGCACACUCAACCCCAUGCUCAACCGCCUGGCAAACAACGAUCCCAGCCUGGUAAGUCAGUACACCAAUGCCUUUGCCAUCACCCAGCUGUGCGGAGUGCUGUGUGCCCCGUGGAAUGGACUCAUCAUGGACAGACACAAGGGAAAGCCUCUCGCUCCUGGAGAAACCGAGCGGGAGGCAGACCUGCGCUCCUCCUCUCUGUCUCUGUUCCUGACCUCCCUGCAGUGCCUGCUCUUCUCCGUGUGCGCCUCCAUCAGUCUCCUCCCUCUGCAGUAUCUCACCUUUGUUCUACAAGUCCUCAAUCGCUCCUUCCUCUACGGCGGAAACGCAGCCUUCAUCAGCAUUGCAUUUCCAGCCUGUCACUUCGGGAAGCUGUACGGCCUGGUGAUGUCCAUUUCUGCUGUCGUCUCUCUGCUGCAGUACCCCUGCUUCGCCCUCAUCAAAGGAGCUCUGGGUGGAGACCCCUUUUUUGUGGACAUUGCUCUGACUCUCCUCACUCUGCUGGUGUUUAUCCAUCCUGUCUACAUCUUCAUCCACUGCAGGAAACUAACCCGCCACAGGGAGGACAAUGGCCAGACUGAGGCCGCUAAUGGCUCCACACCGGCUGAAUCCAAGUUAUAGAGGGAUAAUAAAAUGUUUAGUCUCUGUCUAUAAGUUUUAUUUUUCAGAUUGUAAAACAUUUUUCUGUCUGUUCCUGGAUUACAACUUUUUAUUUUUUUUUGAAUCUAAGUGGAAUGAUAUCCUGUUUUUU